CGCUCGCAGCGGACGUUCAGUAUUGUAGCUGUUAUAAGAACAGAUUUGAAUUAUUUAUGGUUUGAGUUGUUUUGUUUAUAACAGUGAUGGUGUUGAGGAUUUGUGGAACUGUGAACGGAAGGAGUGUUGUGAUGAGCAGCAAAGUACACACGGAGGCGAUGCCGAUAGCGACGCGAUAAAGAACCUUAUCAUUCCCGCCCGAUUGCCGGCGACAACACAUGUUCGACGUUCGAAGAAAAAAGAGUAAAAAUGAGUGUUUUAUUUUUAAUUUUCUUUUUCAUCGCCGGCAAAGGCGAGGAGACUGAAGUGCAACAUAAAUUAAAUUUAUGUGAGUUUUGUACGUGCAGUGAAAUUCCUGAGAUACCUGAGAUUGACGGAAUGAACCUAGUGUUGAAUGUGCAGUGUUCCGAACUGGAUAGGAUAGAGUAUGUGGCGGAUUUGGACAAAAUAGCCUGGCCAGAGAACCCUAACGGGCUGAAGAUAUCGGCGACCUUUGAAGGGCUGGGACUUUCCACGUUGGGCAAGUUACCUGCCAACCCCCUAGUGGAGACUCUCCGGUUCAGCAACAACGCUAUCAAGACCUACUGGCCGGACCCUUUCAGCGAGGUCUCCAACUUGAAGAAACUUUCCUUCUCCCAGAACGACCUCACGGAGAUCACCCCAGACCUGUUCACCAACAUCGAGCACUUGGAAGAUCUUGAUCUUUCCUAUAAUAAACUUACAGAGUUUAAUCCUUUGGACUUCAAACAUUUGCGCAAUGUCAGAAGAUUUAACUUACAAAGUAACCAGUUAAAGAAGGUCCCCUUAGAAGCUCUGCAGCCGAUGUUGGCGUUGGAAGACCUGGAUUUGAGUAAAAACGGUAUUUACGACCUGCUGCUGCAGAGAGGGGACACUGUCGUGCUGAAGGAUCUGAAGAGAUUGAACCUAAGCGGGAACAGAGUACGAUCUGUCAUGAGGAAUUCCUUUUCGGAGGAUAAUUCUUUAGAACUUCUCGACCUAUCAAACAACAUAAUCGAAAUCAUAGAAGAGGACGCAUUUAUGGGCUGCACGAACCUUCGAGAACUGAACCUUGGUCAGAACAACAUAACGGUCACUUUCGCUCUACCGCCGUCACUGCAGAUUGCCAUUUUGAAAAUUAACACUCUGUACCAUUGGCCACAGUUUCCCAGUGGAAUAACGUAUAUAGACCUGUCAUACAAUAAGCUAACAGAUUUGUAUGAUGAGAGCAAAGCUGAGUUUGAUAAUUUAGAGAUCCUAAACAUAGGAGGCAACCAAAUCAAAGACUUGACAAUCGAGAAGAAACUGCCAAAACUAUUCACUCUAGAUUUAUCCUAUAAUCUCUUUGUCGAAGUACCAAAAUCCAUCAAUAGUGAACUUCUACCCACUUUAGAAGAACUAAGACUCGAUGGAAAUCCAAUAGAGAGUAUUUAUUUUAAAAAUAUCAUAGCCCUAAAGCACCUUUACAUGAGUGAGUUGUUGAAAUUGGAGGUAGUUGAUGACAAGUCAUUCAGUAACGUGAUUGGUCGGAGCGGAGAGGAUGCGAGUCAGAACAGUGAGAACUGCUUCUUUCUCUAUCUGUCAAACUGUCCAGCGCUUAGAGAGAUAAAGGAAGGUGCCUUUGCUGGGACCAACGUGUGUAUGCUGGACAUAAGCAAGAACAACCUGACGGGUCUAUCUAAAAACCUGCUCGACUGGGGGUUAAUGACCGAGGGCGCCAACCUGCAGUUCAACCCGUGGCAGUGCAGUUGUGAGCUGCAGUGGGUACUGGAUGACCUGCUGCCCAUGAUGUAUAGCAGCAACUCCAGACUCCUGGCUGAGUUGAGAUGCGGGUCUCCCCGAGCCUUCGAAGGGCUCCGCCUCGUACACUUCUACAACUGGACGGAGCAGGCCAUGUGCAACGAUGCCUACUCGCCAUCAGGGUCGCGUGGCAACUAUAUGCUGGAGCCUUCAACAGACCCGCCGAAAGUCACCUCUCUCACUCUAAUCCUGGGAGGCUGUAUCAUCGUCGCUCUCCUAGUGGCUAUUGCUCUCUCUGUCUACCUCGUUAAGAGCAGGCGAAGGUACCGAGUGCGACAGGCAGCGAUGAAACGCAAGCGGCAAAGCGCUUUGGACGCUAAAAACUCAAAUGGGAUGCAGAAAGAACAAUUCUCCGCUUUGAAUAGCGCGUAGUGAUUCCUCAGUGAUAUAUAAACUUGAAAUGUAAGUUUAAGUUGAAUGUUUUGUUACCAAAAAGGAUUUUUGUGUCAAAUCAAAGUGAGGGCACUAGUUCAUAUAUGAAUCGUGGAUAAGCGGACCCUGUGAAAACGAGAAAACGCUAGGUAGAUAAAUAGAACGUAUCAUUGACGUGGAACCCUUACGAUUUAAGGCCAUGACGAUCAACAAAGUGGAACAGUUUCGAAUUGAUUUGAAACCAGUCUAAAUCCAGAAUAGGAUACUUUGCUCGGAAGUCUAUUAAAAAUCUAUCAGUCGCAGAAAUUCUGUGCCAUAAUAAAAAAAUCAAGACCGCUUGCGUAACAGGUCUGACAUAUUUUUUUUGUAUUCUCUUCUAUCGUGUGGGUUGUGAGCUGGAGUACCAACCUCAUCAACCCUGGUGUCAGGGUUACUAUUGAGCCGCCAAAGGCCCCUGACAUGGCUCGUGUAACGACUACUUCAGUAAGUAGUAACCGGGACCAACGGCUUUACGUGCCUUCAGAAGCACGGAUCAUCUUACUUUCGAACAAUCUGGUGAUCAGCCAGUAAUGUCCUAACCAAAUUAGGGACCACAACAAAAUAUUUUUUGUGAUAUGUUCCCACCGGGAACCGAACCCGGGGCCUCCGGAUCGUGAGCCCAGCGCUCAACCACUGGACCACAGAAGUCGUUUGAUUGUGAUUUGAUUUUUCAAAAUAUAUGGGGAUUGAGAUAUUUUAAGUCGUUUAAAAGCCAAAGUAACAGUCCCAGAAAUUUCGUGCCAUUUUUAUAUCUUGUUUAUCCCCUUGGGAAAAAAAUCAAACCACUUGACGACCAUAGAGCAAUACGGACCUGACGACAUACGGACAAUUCCGCCUGACGACAGGUCUGAUACAUUUUGUUUUUCUGGCCGACACUUUUGACUUUGAGCCGUUUGUACCCAACAUUGUAUAGAGCAUGAGUGAUGUCCUUUGUCAGAGGCCUUUGAGGCGUAAUUAGAUGAAAAAUGUUCUUAAUUACGUACAAAACCCACCAAUCAUAACAAUGAGUCGCCUACUAUCCGUCAUUCAUGAACUCGAAUCCGAUGUUGUGCGGGAAUACUGUCGAUAUAAUAUGGUAUACGAGUAUUAUAUUGUACGCGAUAGCAUAGUUCAAAAGUCAAAGAAAAUACGUAUUUAAGAGCGACAAAACGUGUUUUCUCAAAAAAUUAUAAUUUAUAAACAGUCUUUUUGUAAAUAGGUACAUUUUCAGUAUUUGUUUCCAAACCAAAUCACUUAGAACAAACAACUUGCCUUUAUUAUAAAUGCCAAAUAUACUUUAUUACGUUCAUACGAAGGCCAAAGUGUAUAUAAUUUAAAUUAAUAUUGUAUUAUUUAAUUUUUUGUUUUAACUAGGCCUAGAUUUACAUUUAAAUAAAGUAUUUUUUUAUUGA